AUGGAGAACUCGGGCAAACUCAGGGGCCGGACAAUCUUCAUAACGGGAGCCAGCCGCGGUAUCGGGAAAGAGAUCGCCGUCAAAUGUGCCAAGGAUGGCGCGAACAUCGUUGUGGCCGCCAAGACUGGCUGUCCGCACCCGAAACUGAAGGGAACAAUCCACACGGCCGCGAAGGAAGUGGAAGCCGCCGGGGGUCGAUGCCUGCCCCUCGUCAUGGACGUUCGAGACGAGCAGUGCGUCAUGAACGCCAUCGAAGCCGCCGUAAAACAUUUCGGAGGCAUCGACAUCCUCGUGAACAACGCUUCAGCUAUUAGCCUCACCGCGACGGAAGCGACCGAUAUGAAAAAGUUCGAUUUAAUGCAUCAGGUCAACGUGAGGGGCACGUUUCUCACGUCGAAGCACUGCAUUCCUCAUCUUCGUGCGUCGAAGUUCGGAGGGAAGAUACUGAACAAUUCACCUCCGUUGGUCAUGAGCUCGAGAUGGUUCGCACCGCACGUGGCGUAUACAAUGUCUAAAUUCGGAAUGUCGAUGUGUGCUCUCGGAAUGGCUGAAGAACUCCGGUCGGAUAAUAUCGCCGUCAACACGAUUUGGCCGAAAACCAUGAUUGCUACGGCUGCGACAGAAAUGCUCGCGGGAGAUGAGCAGAGCUCGAAGGAACAAUCCCGAUCUCCGGCGAUCAUGGCCGACGCGGUUUACGCAAUCCUUUGUAGACCAAACUCCUUCUCCGGAAAUUUCUGCAUUGAUGAAGAUGUACUCCGUGAGGAAGGAAUCCGGAAUUUCGAUCGGUAUGCAGCCGUACCCGGCGCUGAGCCUCAACUGGACUUUUUCCUUCCUGAGGAAUACUACGACGACGUCCGGAGCAAGCUAUGA